CCAUUAUGAGCUAGGUUCUGUCAGACCCACAGAGUCAUAGACUCAGGCAGGCCCAGCAACAUUCCAAAACAAGAUUGAAAUUGUGGGAUCAAGGCUAAGCAAGACCAGAAGAUAUGAGUUAACUGCAUGAGCAGAUAUCAGAGGACAUCAGAGUGUUUCAGUCAAGACUGAAAGGAGUAAAACCUAGCCUAAAUUAAGGGGGAUUUACUAAGAAGAUAUUUGUGUUCUCAUGGCAAUGAUGACUCUCUAAGCUCAUGGAAAAUUGAACUGGCAUCUGGAAAAGCAUCAGUAACAAGGCUGUGUAUCAACUUAGACAGAAUGGUUGAUCAGCUCCAAGGAACAUGGAAAUCCAUUUCUUGUGAAAAUUUUGAAGAAUAUAUGAAAGAGCUGGGAAUAGGAAGAGCCAGAAGGAAACUUGGCUGUCUGGCAAAACCCACUGUGACCAUCAGUACACAGGAAGGUCUGAUCACUAUAAAAACCAGAAGCAUCUUUAAAAAUAAUGAGAUCUCCUUUAAACUGGGAGAAGAGUUUGAGGAAAAUACACCAGGUGGCCAUAAAACCAAGAGUGUGGUAAACUUAGAUAAUGACUCUCUGAUUCAAGUUCAGGACUGGAAUGGCAAAGAGACCACCAUAAAGAGAAAGGUGGUGGAUGGGAAAAUGGUGGUGGAAAGUGCCGUGAACAAUGUUAUCUGCACUCGGACAUAUGAGAGAGUACAAACAAACUCAGCCUCCAACUCUUAAGCACUCCCAAAUUGUGAUACAGACUGCUGAGGCUGUUUAAAUAAAACUCCAAAGUAAAAUGUUAUGACUGCUAAUACGAGAGAGCCUACGCACAAACGUUGGCAAUUUUGGUUUCCCAGCUUUGUAUACCUGUAUUCUAUGGUACUUUGGUAUUGGCAGCUAUAGGAAAUCAGAGUGAUAUUCAGGGCUGCUAUAAUAUAAUCAAAGUCACUUCAUAUUGAUUUUUUUUUCUCAUUUGACAUACUAUGUUAACCCUUUAAAUUCAACA